AUGUCUCCGAGAGAUUGGGAGGCUAAGAAGGAGAUCAUUCGUCGCCUCUACUUGAUCGAGAACCUUCCUUUGAAGGAACUCAUAGACAUGAUGAGGCGAAUGCAUGGUUUUCAUGCGACGGAAAGAAUGUACAAACGCCAGUUUGUGAAGUGGGGUUGGAAGAAGUACAACACCAAAGGUCUUCAGGACGGUCUAGUUGAGCGACCGCCCGGCAAGGCCACUUGCCGAAGGCCACCUCGGGGACGUAUGAUACGCUUCUCCGCCAGCAAUAUCGACAUAUUAUACUUCGCAUCGAAUAUGCCGGUGAUGUUGAAUCACGGAUCCAACCUCGACCGGAUGAAACAUGCGAUCCUCACCAGCCAACGCGAUCUCAUAUACGGCACCUUGCGACGCGAUCCCGAGUGGACGACACGCGAUAGGCUCAACAUAUGCAAAACUUCUGGAGACCUUGUCAUAGAGACGACGUGGGUAGCCAAUAACCUGUUCAUGGUUGGAGAUCUUCAAAAAGCAGGCGCGGUCUUCCGACAGGUGUUUCGUUCGCUCGAAACUGUUAUUGACGAUGAGCCGAUAACCUUCUUCGAGCCAUUGCUCCUCGACAUGCCCUACCAUAUCAAAGAUUACGAGCUGCGCGUAGCCUAUCUUCGUCACCUGUGGCAACUUCUGGACUUGAAAAGACCCGGAGAGCCCGUUACCCUGAUCGCCGCAAUGAUGAGCAAGCUCGAAGCAGAAGAAGAUAAAUAUUUCUAUCAUACCACGGAAGAAAUGCACAGAGUCAAGAGAGAUCUCUACAUAGAAGCUCUCGGCGAGGACGACUUGCGCAGCAUUCACUCGGAAAGGGAACUUCUCGGUGUUGAAGAUCAUAACGACGACAGCUUACGACGAUGCGAACGCAUUUUCAGAAACUACGAGCUAUUAUUGGCCCGUACUAUUGACCAAUUCGGUCAAUUCUCGGCCGAAGCAUUCGAUGUGGAGCUUAAGCAAAUUGCGGCAGCAUCAUUGCUGGCUCCUUUAUUCGGUUUGGCCAUGGGGCUCUACGACAAGUAUCUCGACAGGGUCCGAUCUGCAACCGGUGAUAAGUCGAUUGAUGAAUGGGAACAUGCUGUCUUGGAUCAGUACUCAAAUAUCAAUUAUCGCAUUGGUUCAUUUCAAACCAAAUCGGGGAACGUGGAAGCCGGUAUAACGGCUUUCAACAAAUCCAUUACAGCCGCGUUAUACGCAAUGGCAACAGUGAAUGACGAAAGUAUUAGACUCGACUACGCUUGCGAUAUCCUGUACACUCGUUAUGAACUGGUAGAAGCUCUUGAUAAGUGCGGCAGGAAUGGGGAGGCGGACGAAGUAAGGGCCGCCAUUGCAUCGUCAGAGUACCUAGAGGCGGUAAUGCAGGAUGACUUGGGAGAGAACUUCGAGGAAUACGUAAGCUUGCUAUGUUAG